GAAAAAGCACCAAAGGCUGAUGUAAACAGAUGUUAUAAAUAGUUCGUAAUCUGUUUUAUUAUUUAAAGGGUUUUGGUUUGAUUUGGUGCAAUACUUUAAGUGAAGAAACAUUCUGUCAUUUGUUGACGGUCCCUAAAUAUGAACAGAGAAUGUCCGUCGAAUAUCCAGCCUAAAACUAACUUCACCGCAGUAAAACACACGAGGAAUCUGUCAAUGUUGCGUUUAAAUCUUUCAGUACGUUUUUUUUUUAUCCUUUCCUUGUCGGCUCCCAUCGACUGACAUCACUAAGCUCCACCUCCCCGGCUCUGUCGCAUGUUGACGCAUGCGCGCUGCGGCGGUGUGCAGGGCCGGCUAUCAUGGCGUCGUACGUGGAGAUCCUGAAGAGCGAGUUUCCGGCCAUGGACCGGGAGCUGUUCGACUACAUCACAGGGGUUCUGGACGGCGGCGGCACAGACUUCGAGGGCAGCGAGGAGGUGUUCGAGGCCAUCGGCGGCGUGCUGCAGGAGGUGUCCGCAGACUCCAAGAAUGAGGAGGAGGUCCGAGACAUCUGCGUCCAGAUGUUCAACACGCUCCAACUGAACAACCGCCGCGGCCCUCAGAGGCAGGUCCUGCUGGACGCUCCGGUCCAGCUGUCCCAGAUCUCUGCAGAAUCUGUUUCAGCGGCCAAAGACGUCCAAGGAAUCUGGAUGAUGAAGCGUCCUCAGAACACGAUGGUGGACGCCAAGAAGCUGGAGAAAGCUGAAGCCAAGCUGAAGGCCAAGAACGAGCGCCGGAACGAGAAGGACCUGCAGAAGGCGUCCAACCCUCUAGUUUUGGAGGAGGCGUCUGCCAGUCAAGCCAGCAGUAAGAAGGAAAACCGCGUGGACCAAUCAGGAAAGAACCGCAGCUACGACAUCCGCAUCGAGAACUUUGACAUCUCCUUUGGAGAACGGUGCCUGCUGCAGGGGGCGGAGCUGUGCCUGGCGUCUGGCAGACGGUACGGCCUGAUUGGUCGAAACGGUCUGGGGAAGACGACUCUGUUGAAGAUGCUGGCGAGCCGGAGCCUGCGCGUGCCGGCGCACAUCUCCAUCCUGCACGUGGAGCAGGAGGUGGCGGGAGACGAGACGGUGGCGCUGCAGAGCGUCCUGCAGAGCGACACGCUGCGGGAGGGGCUCCUGCACGAGGAGAAGAUGCUAAACGCGCGCAUCGCCAACGGAACCGCCGACGGGAUGGAGAGCGUCCGCCUCUCGGAGAUCUACAUGAAGCUGGAGGAGAUCGAGGCAGACAAGGCCCCGGCCCGAGCCUCGGUCAUCCUGGCAGGUCUGGGGUUUUCCCCCAAAAUGCAGCAGCAGGCCACCAGAGAGUUCUCCGGAGGAUGGAGGAUGAGGCUGGCGCUGGCCAGAGCUCUGUUUGCGCGGCCGGACCUGCUGCUUUUGGAUGAGCCCACCAACAUGCUGGACGUCAGAGCCAUCCUGUGGCUGGAGAACUACUUACAGACGUGGCAGUCCACCAUCCUGGUCGUCUCCCACGACAGAAACUUCCUGAACGCUGUGGUCACCGACAUCAUCCACCUGCAUUCACAGAGGCUGGACAGUUACCGCGGCGACUACGAGAACUUCCUGAAAACCAAAGAAGACCGACUGAAGAACCAGCAGAGAGAGUACGAGGCCCAGUUGCAGUACAGGCAGCACAUACAGGUCUUCAUCGACAGGUUCCGGUACAACGCCAACCGCGCGGCUCAGGUGCAGAGCAAGCUGAAGCUGCUGGAGAAGCUGCCGGAGCUGAAGCCCAUGGACAAAGAGACGGAGGUCACUCUCAGGUUUCCAGAUCACUUUGAGAAGCUGUCCCCGCCCAUCCUGCAGCUGGACGAGUUGGAGUUCUACUACUCUCCGGACCAGCCCCUCUUCUCGGGCCUGAACCUGUCGGCCGACCUGGAGUCUCGGAUCUGCAUCGUGGGGGAGAACGGCGCUGGUAAAACCACCGUCCUGAAGCUCUUGAUGGGAGAGCUGACGCCGGUCAGCGGGGUCAGACAGGCUCACAGGAACUUGAAGAUCGGUUACUUCAGCCAGCACCACGUGGACCAGCUGGACCUGAACGUCUGCUCCGUGGAGCUGCUGCUCAACAAGUUUCCCGGACGGACGGAGGAGGAGUACCGCCACCAGCUGGGGGGCUACGGCAUCACCGGGGAGCUGGCCACCAGGCCGGUAGCCAGCCUGUCGGGAGGACAGAAGAGCCGAGUGGCCUUCGCCCAGAUGACCAUGCCCAGUCCCAACUUCUACAUCCUGGACGAACCGACCAAUCACCUGGACAUGGAGACCAUCGAGGCUCUGGCCAAGGCCCUCAACAAGUUCAAGGGCGGGGUCAUCCUGGUCUCCCACGAUGAGCGUCUGAUCCGCUCGGUGUGUAAGGAGCUGUGGGUGUGUGAGGGCGGGAAGGUGCGGCGCAUCGACGGCGGCUUUGACGAGUACCGGGACAUCCUGCACGAACAGUUCAAGAAGGAAGGCUACCUGUGACCACGCCCACCCACGCCAUGAUCCCUGCAGCACCUGAACUCAUCAGCCUUCAAAGCUCAUACUGAACAUUCCCCUCUGACACCUCACCUGUCGCUCAGGUGAGCCCCAGUGAGGGGACGGCUUGGCUGAAGUCACCCGGUGAUGUCACAGAACUCUGGGGGUGGAGCCCUGAUGUAUGAGCGAGUUCAUUGGUCAGAGUUUUUAUCAGCUGGAGACUGUACGAUCCUUCAUGUUUAUCAGAGAGGAAAUAAAGACCUGAGUCCACCUGA